CCUGUGUGAAUCACUGUGGUUCAUGGUUCAGAGGUCACAGUUCAUCUCUGCCUGUUUUGGAUGUGUAACCUAAUACCCUCUUUCAACAUGGAGUAUUGAUGCAGCUUCAGUUUUUCAAAAGAAAACAAAUAUUUUUGAGGAUAAUAUACAAAUUCUGUGAUUUAUUAAGGAAUUUCUGACUGUUAAGAUGGUACACCAUCACUUAUUUCCUCUGGUAUUUCUUUUACUAUGGAACCCAGUAUACAGUGCUCCACCGCAAAUAGAUUGCUGUGAAUGUGGAUCACUAGAACUUAGAAGUCCCAAAGACUUACAACCCAAUAUUUACCCUUCACCAUUCCAAGUUUUAGUCAAAGAAAAACAAUAUGCACCAGGAGGACUUUCUAUAAAUGUAAACAUCACAUCUUUAGAUAACACUAGAACUUUUGUCCACUUUAUGCUACAAGCUGUAUUUAUAAAACAAGAUGGCUCUAUCAGCAGUGAUGAUUCAGUUGGAGAGUUUAUUAAUUUAGAUGAAGAUAAAUACACUACCGUUAAAGAUUGUGGAACGUCAGCUAUAAAGAGUGUUGACAGACUGAAGAAAUCUUUAAUAAGAUUUUCAUGGAAAAACCCUACAGUUAAUAAGAAAGGACAUAUAAAAUUCAGAGCAACCAUAGUAGAAGAUGGAGGAACUAAUUACUGGGUCAGAGAAUUGUCACAUCCAGUAGAAGAUGUUAACUUACCUCCCCUUGAUAUGAGGCCAAAUAAACACCCACUGAUACCUGUGAUAAACACAGAGGAAUGUGGAAGAGCCAAGGGAUGCUACAGGGUACCAGAAGGCUGCUGGGAACCAUACUGUGAUUACAUUGCCACCUGGAGGAGAACAGCUGGCAAUAAUUAUGAAAUAGAACUUGGAGCAAUGACAGAUGGUGUGACUGAUAGAUAUGUUGCCAUGGCAAUAUCUGAUGACAUCAGAUGGGGAGAUGAUGUAGUGUUACAAUGUGUACACAAUGGAACUUCAAAAGAGACACAAGUAAAUGUAGGGAGGAGUGUAGACGAUCACAGUACAGUGCUGGAAGAACAACGUGUACAAGAUAAUGCUAUAGUUGGUCCUACAGAAGGUCCAUUAGGUCAGAUAUGGGGUAAAAGGUUAAGAUGUAGAUUUACUGUGUCUACAGGAGCCAUUCCUGGCUUCCCAGAGGGUUACAAACACAUCCUAAUGUCCAGAGGUGGAGCAUCUAAUGGUGUCUCACAGAGGCAUGGACAUGGGGUUGGAGAGAUUCCAGUAGCAACACCAGACCAAGUCAGUUUACAAGAGAAACAUAAUGUUGGAGACUUUGCCAGGUUUUCACUUGUCAAAGCCCAUGGUAUUUUGAUGAUUUUGGCCUGGGCCUUCUUUGGAACAACUGGACUUCUUUGGACCAAGUACUACAAAACAAUGUGGCCUAAUAAGAGAUUUUAUGGAGAAAGAUACUGGUUUGUUGCCCAUUUUAACUGUAUGGUGAUGUUGGUCCUACUGGUUGUAAUAGCAUUCAUAAUCAUAUUUGUAGAAGUUGGUGGAUAUAGUAGGGCAGAUUAUCUCCCCUAUGAAGCACAUCCUAUUCUAGGAAUCAUCAUCUUCUGUUGUAUACUUCUAAAUCCAAUCAUUGCCUUACUAAGACCAGCAGAAGAUCACAAGUGUAGACCUGUAGUCAACUGGAUCCAUUGGUUCUUUGGUACAGUUGGCUGGUGUCUUGCAAUUCCUAACAUGUUCAUCGGCAUGGACUUCGGCAAGGCUAUGGUGCCAUGGUGGGCCACAUGGAUUCUGUGUAUCUACAUUCUGUACCACAUCAUUGUAGAGAUAACACUAGAGGUCCAUCAAUGCUGCACACACAAGAAAAAUAAAGAGAGAAGGAAGAAGUAUGAAUUCCAGAAACGUGAUAAUCCUAAAGUGAGAAUUCCAGAACCAGAACCUGCUGGUCGAGUCUUCAAGAGGAACAUGUUAUUUGUCCACUUUAUAAUAACAUGUAUAGUGAACCUAAUAAUGCUGAUCGCCAUUGCUGCAUCUGGAGGAGAUUGUAAAAAAGCAACAACAUUCUGCAAACAUGAGUGUAUUGACAUAGACAAAGGAUUCAUCUGUAAAUGUCGUUCAGGUUAUCAACUGCAAAAGGAUGGCCAGUCUUGUCAAAGAAUUGCUGGUCACGAGUUCAUUGGCUCUAAUGGUAUCAGAGUAGAUACCCAUCAUCUGUCAUCUGUACAAAGCAUUCCAUCAUCUCAACAACAUAACUUGGUACAUUCAGAAGCAAAUAAUCAAAUUAGUUAUAACAAAUUAACGUUAAAAAAUGAAAAACAUAAUGUGAUAUUAGGCAAUAAAGUUGAUACAUUUUCUCCUGUAAAAGACAAUGUUGUGUUAGGGGCGCAUAGUCAUCUGGCUCCUUUGGCCAUAAUGCGACCUCCAACCUGUGAUCAGAUAACAUGUCAGAAUGGUGGCCAUUGUGUGGUCCGAGGUCCAGCAGCUAAAUGUGAUUGUUCACUUGGUUUUGGUGGCAGAUAUUGUGACAAGAAUGUUCCUGUAAAAUAUCCCAAGUUUUCUGGAGAUGGUUACAUGGCAUUCCCUGUUUUAACAGACAGUUACAAACAGUUUGAAGUUCAGUUAAAUAUUAGGCCUGACAGAUCAACUGGUCUGAUUUUGUUUAGUGGAGAAAAGAAAAAUGCAGAAUCAGACUUCUUUUCCAUAGCCCUGGUGGAUGGUUUUGUAGAAUUCAGGUAUGAUUGUGGUACAGGUAUGGCUGUUAUAAAAAGUAAAGACCGAGUACACAUAGGAGAUUGGAAUAUGGUCACAGUAAAAAGGGUUGGCAAUGAAGGCUCCCUGAAGCUGAAUGAUCAUGAUAUGAUACAAGGUUUGUCACAGGGAGCUUACUCUAGACUGACUCUAAGAUUGAAGUUAUAUCUUGGUGGAUAUAUUGAUAUACAUUCUAUUGCUGAGAGAGUUGGUGUAACACAGUCAUUUGUUGGUUGUAUACAGAGUAUGCAUAUUAACGACGAGCAGUAUGACAUGAGACAAGUGGACUUCUUUGGUCAAGCAGAACUUGGUCUGAAUGUUGAUGAAUGCAGUUCUGAGGAAUGCUUAGGAGUUACUUGUCAAAAUGGAGGUUUAUGUACAGCUACCUCAGCAGAUCAGCAUGUAUGUUUAUGUCCAUUGGGUUGGACAGGAGAGCUCUGUCAACAAAGAAUUGAGAUACAUGUUCCCUAUUUUGAUGGUCAUUCAUUUGUUAGACACCCAGGUCUAGAAAGAUCUUCUUUAUCUUUUACUGAGAUUGAAAUGGUGUUCAAACCAACCAGUUGGGAGGGACUGAUAUUGUAUAAUGGUUACACUAAUGACAGAAAGGGAGACUUUAUUUCAUUAGCAAUGAGGGAAGGACAUCUAGAAUUCAAAUUUGAUCUGGGUACUGGACCAGGAGUACUAAGGAGUAUUCAGCAGGUUACAUUAAAUGAGUGGCACCAUGUAAAAGUUACGAGAACAGGAUUACAAGGUAUAAUGGAGAUAGACAACCAACUGAGAGUGGUGGGAAAUGCUGAAGGUGGCUUCACACAACUGACAUUGUUACAGGAUCUUUACAUUGGUGGACAUGAAAACUUUGAUCAGAUAUCUAAACUUGCUAAUCUGACCUCAUCAUACACUGGCUGUAUACAAAAGAUGAUAAUUAAUGGUCAACCUUUAGAGGUUGUGUCUGAUGCUAGAGAAGGUAUUAACAUUGACAACUGUGAUCAUCCUUGUGUAGAUCAACCAUGUUUAAAUGCUGGCGAAUGUCAACCUGAUAAGGGAGAAUAUCAUUGUUAUUGCCCUCUGGGAUAUCAUGGCUCAGAUUGCGAGGAUAUUAUAGAAGAGAAAAUAGAUGCUGCACAUUUUAGUGGACAUAGUUACCUCAUGUAUUCAGAAAAGGAUAUUAUUGAAAGGGUUAAUGGAAAUAAAAUUGAUGUACAGAUGAAAAUAAAACCAGAAACUAAAGAUGGGCUGCUAUUUUGGAGUGGAAAACAUUAUCCAUUGACUUCAUCUAGUGACUUUUUAGCUUUAGGAUUUACAAAUGGUGCUUUGAUAUUACGAUAUAAUCUUGGAGGUGGUGAAGCCAAAAUUACAUAUAAUUCCACUAAUUUAUUUGAUGGGAAAUGGCAUGAUAUACGAGUUCAAAGAGAUAAAACAGACAGUUUUUUAAUGGUAGACAAUUCCCAGGUUGUAGAGGGUAGCUCCCCUGGUACUUAUACAAUCUUAAACACCAACCAAAGGCUAUAUAUAGGUGGAAUGCCUGAGGUGUCCCAGAAUUCUUUGAAUAAGUUCACGUCGGGUUUCCAUGGUUGUAUAAAAGAUUUGAUGUUAGCAGAGGACUAUCAGUUUAACCUUGUAGACCAUGCAGAAAGUGGUAGAAAUGUAAAUUCUUGUCAGUCGCUAUAAUUGGGGAAUAUUUGGGAGAGAGAUUCUAAAGAAUAGAAUAAUUCUAAUUGACUGUGUCUGCAGAGUUCCAUUUGAACAUUGAAAUCAUUAUAUAUGCAUUGCGUGAUACCUAGUCAUACCAUUUAAGUUCUUUGUGUUAAUCUAAAUUAUGUUGUAUUAUAGUAAUUAUCUAUGACAAGUUAAAAUGUAGGUUAAUUAGAAAAUUACAGAUCUGCACAUUUAUUUGAAUACUGUGAAUUGAAAAAUCGUAAAUUUCAUUGAAAACUAUUUUGUCACUUUUUUCUUGUUAACUUUCUUAAUAAAUUGAAUAUAAAUUAUUGUGACAAUGUAGUGUCUCAAAUAAAUAUUUGUGACCCAUAUGUUGAUCUAGAUGACCUAUAUUUUAACCUGGAUAAGAUGUAAAAAAAAAAUCUAUAGAAAAUGGAACCUGUUUUAAUUAGACUUAGCAUUGUUCAUUGAAAUAUAAUAAUAUCUUUUUUAUACUGGGUUAGGAUACAGUCUUGGUGCAAUAGGGCAGAGUAAUUUAUAGUAGAAUUUUUAUAUAUUUAUAUUACUUGAAAUUUUUAAGCUUUAAAGGUUAAAUCAAACUAUGCAUAAACAUAAUGAGGGUAAAUAUAUUUUUAAUAUUUGAGAUAUGCUGGGUAUUGUCCCUUCUAAUCAAACUCUAAAAACCAAUGGCUUUGUAUGCUUCCUAAGUACAUAGUAGGAGCUUCAAACAUCUGUUUGAUAAAAGUUGUAACCCUUGAGAAUGACAUCUCAUUUGAAAUGGCCAUAUGUUAUGUUUUUAAUAAAUAUUUUGUCUAUCUGCAAAAAAGUUGCCAGAGGUUGGACUUACAUGUUGUUAUUGACCACUUAUUUUAAAUCUCUGAGUUAAUUUAUUUCAGAAUAACCAUUGAUAUAGGUCAGACUGUUUUAUAGUGUUCAUAAUUACAUUAGAUGUCUGUUUCAUUAUAAUAUGUAAUUCUGAUUGGCUACACUGCAAUCUCAUGUUAUUCCUUAAUCAACUUCAUUACACAAUGAAAUUUAUAAUUCAUGAUGACACUAGGUCCCACAAUAAAGAGCACAGGUAAAUUAAAUAAAAACUUGAUAAAAAUUGUGUUUUCAUGAUCAUAGCUAAAAAAUGUAAUUAUAUUAAAGUAUUGAAUGCUUCUUUUUGAAACUUCAUAGGGUUGUAAAAGCAUUGACUGUGCGCACAUUUUUAGAAUAAAUUAAUUUUAGGAUACUGUUUCCAACCAUCUUGUAGGGUACCUCAUUAAAAGAAGUACCUUGUUAUGGCCAUUAUGGUCAAACCUGCAGGAGACAAGUCUUUUUUUAACAUAUAUGUAGUGCAUAAUAAGGAAACAUGCUUUACAAGUGUUACCUCAUUAUUAAAUGUCAUAUACAAGUUUAAUGUGAAUGUAGUUUAUUCAAUAUAUGCACCUACCCAUAAGUAAAACUGUAAACAGAUUUCUUGAGCCGUAAAACUUGGCUUUCAAUGUGUCUAGAUUAUCUCAAAUUUAUUAGUGCAUUUAAUGACAGAAUCACCAUACAAGGUUACCUUCAAGGACAUGCAUAUUGAAAUAACUUAUCAUUACUUUUUUACAUUCACCAGCCCAUGCAAAAUUUGUAGUCACUAAAAACAUAAAUGUGCCAGCUAGCACUCUCUUUAAGUACAAAGUAAUUGUACACAGUACACAGUAAUUAAAGAACAAAAAAUGUGUUUCUACACUCCAGUAUAAUACAGAUUGCCUUUCUAUGGUUGUGAGAACUUUUACAGUAUAAAAAAAACUUGCAAGUACAUUUGCUUAGUUUGAUACUCCAAUACUUUAGAACCCUUUGGUUACAAAAGCAACAGUUAGGUAUUUACUGAUACAUACUGGAUCUCUGCAUUUAUUGUAUUUGGUAUGUCAGUACGUUCAAUAGAACUUUGGUUUUUAAGUGGUUUAUGUAGAUCUAAACAUUAUGUAAGUCCAUAUAUACAACUACAAUAUGGAGUCCAGACUGAUAUGAGUUGUUUACAAACAUUAAAAAGUGCACUAAAUAUAGCAAUGUAUGACAGUUGUAUAACAAACAUCAGUUACUUAACAUUGUUGCACUUUUGCUUUCUUAACUAAUUAUCACCAUAACGAAACAUAAAUUGUUAAAAAUAAAACCCAUUAAACACCUCCUCAGGAGACCAGUUUUGUAUUAUUUAUUACAUUUAAAACAUUGAAUCAGCAGAUAUGUUCAGAUCUUCCCACACAAUUCAUUGAAAUUUAUAUUUAUUUCACCAAAAUAGUUUAAUGGAGCAAACUUUCUGUGUUGAAAAUGUACUUAAAAUAUUGAGAUAACAGUCCAUAUGAUUUGUAAAAUGGUUACUUUUACCAUUAGGCCUUAUACUUCUUGGAAAAGAACCAAUCAGAGUUGAUAAUUAUCCAACUGUCUGACUGCUAAAUUUAUUUUGCAUUAAUGACUAUGUGGUGGCUUCGCUCAUUGUUAAAGGCCUUACAGUGACAUAUAUCUGUUAAUUUCUGUGUCGUUUGGUCUCUUGUGAAGAGUUGUCUCAUUGGCAAUCAUAACACAUCUUUUUUUUAUUUUGAAUGUAUAAGAUUUUUGAAACAUUCCAGUAUAAAGCAGCUUGCCUUUUGAAUAGUUGUGAGAACUUGCUUUUACAGUAUUUGGUUGUGAUGUACAAUGUAUAUAUAUAUUAAAUUGUAUGGUAUUUUUUCCCUUUAUUUGUACUGAGAACAUAUAUGUCUAACAUAUUUGAAGGUUUUGUGUUUUUGAAUCAAUAAUAUUUAUGAUAAAUAUAUUUUACUGGAUUCCUGAAAUGGUCCACUUAAUCAUUAGCAACAGAACUUCCCAGAACUCUCAAACCGAUCAACCACUACAACUUAAAACUUUAUUCUCAUUUGAGAGGAAGACACAGCUGAUUGAAAAAAGUCAGCAACCAUUAUUCAUCAUGAACUGCCACAUCUAUUGGAAGAUUGAUCUUAACAUGUGUGAAAUAUUUUCCACUGGACAUCAAGGAUAUUGUUGGUUAUUGAGUGUAUUUUUUAUAUUGUAGCUUUACUGAGUAUGGUUGUGAUAAUAUUUUCUACGUUAUUUACCAAUGUAUGGUUGUGCUUAUCAAAUAACUCCUAUCUAUUAUUGUUGUUGUUGAUUUAUUGACUCAGCUUACGUAUGAUUGAAUGGGUUUUUAUGAAGGAUAAAAACAAAAUUGUAGGUAUUUUAUUUUUUUAAUGUGAAAUGAAAGUAAGAUUUAUUAUCAUGCACCUUGCAUUUUCAGCUUGUCAUUGUCUUCAAUAAACUUUUCCUUUAGAAAACAAUUAUUCAGUUUGAAUUUAAAGCUGACCAGAAAUCGUGUUUGUCGUGUAUAGUUUGAAAAUAACAUCCAAUUAUGAAAGUGUUUAUAGUUUCAGUAUAACAUGCACAGCACUGAUGCCAAUGACAAAACAAUAAUUUCACAUUUCUAUUGAUAAAUUAUUAGUUUAUUUCCAUCGCUGAUAACAUUUAGCUGAUUUCUAGUCAUCUAGUGUAUUAAUGUGUAGUUUGUUCAAGUUUAACUUCUCUUGGUCAUCAGACUGAGAAAAUUUUAUUUUCUAACAUUCUUAUCAUACUUAGCUAGUAUUUGAAAUAGAGUUAAAACAAUUUUAUUCUUUUGACAAACUCUUGAUCUAAUUACCUCCCUUGGACUUAUAAAAUAUGUUUACUUUUUUUUAAGACUACAGCCAAACAAUUUUAAUAAAACUACAGUUAUUGGCAUGUAUAUAGAACCAAGGUUGAAUAUUUGUGCUUAAAUAAGUUUUUUUUUAAUAUAAAAAAUAACUCAGGGAUUAUUUUUACAACUCAUGAUCAAAACAAAUUUUAAAUUAAUUCAUAUUUGUAGUACCUACUUGAGAAUAUGUUGUAAGUCUUGAUAUAAUUAGUUGGGUUUUUUAUAACUCCAGGGGGGGGGGGUAAUUGUAUUCAUUAUUUUUAUACCUCUAUGAAUAAAUUAUUAAAUCAGAAAUGAUUAUUUAGUGUGUUAAAUGUUCAUAUGGAUACAUAGACUAAACAAAUAUCAAAUUGUAUACAAUAAAGUAAUCAAUGUGUGGUCCACUAUUUCUAUCUUUGAACUAGUUUAUGGACAUGUACUGGACACUAAACAUAAAUAAAAGUGUUUUUUAUAUAAGAAUGAAAAUCAAGCAAGUUAAAAUGUUUUUAUAAUAAUAAAAUUGUUCUUUUGUCUCCUUGUAUUGGCUUUUAUUAUUUAAUGUCAAUAUUUAGGACAAAGGAAAGUUCUGAAAAUUGUAUUUAAAUAACCAGUCAAGCAUGAUUAUUUGACAUGUUAAGUUGUACUGUCUUUUAAACCUAUAAUCAAACAAAUGUUUUAUUUUUAUGCAUGCUUUAAUCUUUUAACUAUUAGCUGAAUUUCAAAAUCCGUAACCGACUUAUGGGAUUGACAAUCUCAAGCUUUAAUUUAGAACAUGUUACUGUUUAGUUGUCAGUAUUAUAUAAGUAAUAAUAAAAUACUAACACCUAACAUUCUAAAUUAUAACUUGAGAUUUAAGAUUUCAUCGACAAUCCAUAAUUUGAAACACUUAAGGAAUUAUGAUAUAGUGAAUGGUUUAGUCCACCUAUAUGUUGAACUGACCAUGAUAUAAACCAUUGAUAAACAUUUCAAUUUUUUUUUUAAAUAUCAAAGAAUUACUUUUCUGAUAUUGUGCUUUCUUAAAGCUGAACUUAAUAGAAAUGAUAUGAUAAAUCAUCGAUACUUGACGGAUCUAAAAAAUAAUAAUAUGGGGGUGGGGGGCACUGACUGCCUAAGAGGGGCCCACUCCAGUUAAGCUACGGUGAUUAUCUAUAUUAUCAAUCAAUUUUUUCCUUCAAAAUGGGUGCCAAGGCCCCCAGAAAAACCCUCUAAAUCUGCCCCAAGUUAAAUCCAUAAAUGUCAUAAAAAAAACAGUUCAGAUUUCCUCCUGUUAACCAUAUAUAGUUUUAAUUGCAUUGAUAAGACUUCUAGUUCACUAGCACAAUUUUUUUUCAUGUGGGACAUGUGCUUCCCCUGCAUAUCAUUUAUUUUAACAUCUUGAAAACUGUUCAUAUCUCUUACAUAUAUAUAUAUUCUGAAUUGUCAUGACAAUAGCUUGAUAAUACACCAUAGAUUUUUUUCUAGGGGUCAUGCCCUCUCCUUUAUUUUCAUUAAUUAUGGAAUAUUUUCCUAACUUUUCAAAUGCCUACCCUUAAAACAUAUACAGUGGAACCUAAUUGUGUCAAAUUCAAGUGUUUCCUAAAAUUUCCAAUAAAUGAGAUACAUUUCUGUUUGUUGUAUGUAUUUUUAAACCUGAUAAGUCAUGAUCAGGUGAUUCAAAAUCUUGGUCAACUUGAAAAGUCCUCUCCGUGAAAAAGGUAUACCAAUUAAGUUGAAUUAACCCUGAUGUGUUAAAGUUCAAGGACAAAUACCAAAUUUAACAUUGGAUAUCCAGAACCUAAAAUAAAGACUUUGUAUAGAAUAGCCAUCACUACUAAUGUAUGGGAUUCUUACUAAUGUCAUGCAGAAAUCUAUAUUUUGUAAACUUUCAUUGCUUCACAUUUUUUCAAACCUUAUUCAAUAUUUAAAACUUUUGUUAGGUUUUAUUUUUACUUUUAAAAAUGUUUAGAAAAUCUGAUAGAUUAUUGCUAGAAAGUAUAAUUAUAUCAUUUUAAUCAAUCUAAAUAGUAACAAAGAAACAGAAACAUAACAAUCACAGUCAAAUGAAAUAGAAUGUUGACUGAUCCAAAGGUUCAGUCGACCAUUCAGUGACCAUUCAAUAAGAAUUAAAUCAUUACCGAGUAAACUGGAUACUACCUGUUCAAUGGGAAAAGUACAGGUCAUAACAUUCAUAGGAUUAAAUACUUGAAAUUUUCCAUUAACAAAUAUUUAUAUCUGAUGAAAGUGACUAAUGUAUAUUAGUAUAUCUAAAACGUAGUUUACAAUUGUAUUGUGAAAACAUUUAUAAUUGUAAUAUCUAACCAUGCAGAUUCCAUUGCGCACUCAUGAUUAUGUGAAUGUAGCAAUAAGUAUUUGUUAAGUGUAUUUCAUUGCACAAACUAUUUAGCAGCAAACAAGGCUGUUUUAGAUGUUUAAUACUAUUUAGCAGCAAACAAGGCUGUUUUAGAUGUUUAAUACUAUUUAGCAGCAAACAAGGCUGUUUUAGAUGUUUAAUUACUAAUGUUUAUAAAACAGAAUAAGUAAUAACUUGAGUAAAAUAUUUUAUUGUAUGGUUUUACCUGAACAUAGAUGUUGUUAGUCCUUUAUGUAACUGUUGUUUGAAGCAGGGACAGUCAGUACUGGUUUCUUGUUUCAUUUAGACCUUAGACUUGCCUGUCAAAGAAUUAUUUUUUUGUUAUAUUUGCUUCUAUAACCAUAGAAAUUUUUAAGUCUGUUAAUAUUGUCAUUUUUAUAGUUAGUAUUAUAUUAUCAAAAUUUUGUUUUCUAAAUGUUUUUGCUUAUAUAUGUUUUAAUAAAAACUUGCUGAAUA